GGGCGGAGGGGACGAUGGAGAAUUUUACAGCGCUCUUUGGCGCUCAAGCUGACCCACCACCGCCUCCAACCGCACUGGGUUUCGGCCCGGGAAAGCCUCCACCCCCGCCUCCGCCUCCCCCCGGCGGAGGACCUGGCACAGCCCCACCUCCCCCCGCGGCUACAGCCCCUCCUGGCGCCGAUAAAUCAGCGGCUGGUUGCGGGCCCUUCUACCUGAUGCGGGAACUGCCAGGCAACACAGAGCUGACAGGUAGCACCAACCUGAUAACACACUACAACCUGGAACAUGCCUAUAAUAAGUUCUGCGGGAAGAAGGUGAAGGAGAAGCUAAGUAACUUCCUGCCUGACUUGCCAGGAAUGAUUGAUCUGCCUGGUUCCCAUGAUAACAGCAGCCUCCGCUCCCUCAUUGAAAAGCCCCCUAUUCUUGGUGGCUCUUUUAAUCCUAUUACAGGGACCAUGCUGGCUGGCUUCCGCCUCCACACUGGCCCGUUGCCAGAGCAAUGUCGUCUGAUGCAUAUUCAGCCUCCAAAAAAGAAGAACAAACACAAGCACAAACAGAGUCGUACCCAGGAUCCUGUCCCCCCAGAAACACCAUCUGAUUCAGAUCACAAAAAGAAGAAAAAGAAAAAAGAGGAGGAUCCUGAACGGAAAAGAAAGAAGAAAGAGAAGAAGAAAAAGAAGAAUCGACACAGUCCAGACCACCCAGGGGUGGGCAGCUCCCAGGCCAGCAGCAGCAGCAGCCUCCGCUAA